UGUUUGGUGAUAAAAAAAUUAACAGUAACUAUAUGUCAUAUAUUUAUGUGACGAAGGAAGUAUUCGUUUAUUCCGAUGAGUAAUGACGGAAGGGUUCCCUGCUAUUUAUGGCAGCAAUAAUACCUGGGUUACUAUUGAUGUUGUUGAAACUAGUAUCAUUUUUAUUUUCGUCGUUCUUGCGGUAACUUAUUUACUUAUUAUCCCGGGUUACACUAAAACUAAAAGUAUUUACACAAUUGUCAAAGCUACUUUAAGUAUUUUAAUUGGCGGAAUUAUAAUGGUUGGUAAUUAUGGACAAGAAUGGGAGACUGGUCGAAUCGAUUCUAUAACACCGUAUCGCGCUGGUGAAUCGAGUGAAAUUUUUGCUCAAAUAGGAGUAAAAAUAGGAUUACGUUCAGUCAACAUCACAUUACAAGGACGUGCUGAAAAAGGAUCAGUACUUGAAAGAGAAAUAAUAAAUUACAAUGAACGAUUUUCAUGGACUUGGGAUCAAGGUCGAUUUGGUUUUGGUCCUAAUGCUGGUCUUCUUCAAAGAAGUAUCAGAGAAGCUCAAAGAAAAGGACUGCCGGUGCCAAUUAUUUGGAUCGUCGAUUAUCUGGCUAUUGACGGCGAAGGUUUAAGGUACGGAAGGUUUUACAGAACUGCUGGGUGGUACUGUCAUAUUGUUCUCUGGACAGCUUUUCCAGUUUGGAUUCUGGCAAAUAUAUUUUUACAAUCUGUUGCGCGAUACGCUGCGUACUGUACUGGAGUAGUUGGAGCUCUUAUGAUACUGAGCUGCAUCAUUUGGAUGUUUGUCCGCAAUCCGAAACCGUUGGUGAUAUUAUUUGAAAGUGGCGCGAUCACAACUUCAUAUGGUAGCACGUUCUGGUUGACAUUAAGUGGAGGGCUGCUAUGUUUUAUUUUGGCAUCCGUACUAAUUAUUUUAGAUCUGAGAUGCCCGAAUUCUUUAUCAGCAUUUCUGGGCAUCGAUAUUUUAGAUCAGUACGAUGAAUAUUUUAUCCGAGAAGUUGAGUUAGAUGAUACAAGAGAAAAAUAUAAUAAUUAUGAAUCGAUGGAGUUGGGAAAAAUGUCUGAGCGAAUAUCGAAAGAUCAUUCCGACGUGAUGCUCCUUCAACUGAAACGACGUUCCACUGCCGAACGUGUUCAAAAAAAUUUGUUGCGUGUCUCACCCAUGCCGAUUAAAAUUGAAAAUAUAUAUGAUGAUACAGCUCAUGCAGUAUAUGUUAAUCACGACUCACUGACAGUACCUGGGCCAUCGAUUCAAAGAAUUGAAAACUUAAUUUCAAAACCACCACUGCCAAGAAGAAAACGAAAGUAAUGUUCAAGUUAAUUUUUUAUUGUAAAACAUUACGUUAUAUCAAACAUGUUGCACAUCAAUUAAAAAAAACGAUAUGAAUAAUUCAA